CAACCAUUUAAAAAAAGUCAUUACCUCACCCAAUCACAAAUUCCUUCUCCAUUUCCUUUUUCUAUUCUUUCCUUUGCUGAUUGUUCUCUCCGCGUUCUCUCAAAUAAUAAUAAUCCUACCACCCACCCGCAACCAGAAGCCACCACCAUCCACAAGGGAGGAUCAAUAAUCUCUUCGUCUCAGAUUUGAGAUGGCAUCGAAGCGGAUCUUGAAGGAACUCAAGGAUUUACAGAAGGAUCCUCCUACAUCAUGCAGCGCAGGUCCUGUAGCUGAAGACAUGUUUCAUUGGCAAGCAACGAUCAUGGGUCCUCCAGAUAGUCCAUAUGCUGGGGGUGUUUUCCUAGUCACUAUUCAUUUCCCGCCCGAUUAUCCAUUUAAGCCUCCAAAGGUAGCUUUCAGAACAAAGGUAUUCCAUCCAAAUAUAAAUAGCAACGGAAGCAUUUGUCUGGACAUCUUGAAGGAGCAAUGGAGCCCUGCACUUACCAUAUCCAAGGUGUUGCUUUCAAUCUGUUCUUUGUUGACGGAUCCCAAUCCUGAUGAUCCUUUGGUGCCAGAGAUUGCUCAUAUGUACAAGACAGACAGAAACAAGUAUGAGACAACUGCAAGAAGCUGGACCCAGAAGUAUGCCAUGGGCUAAAUGAUUUCUGGUGCGUGCUAGGAGAAGGCCUUUUUCUAUAUUUUCAUUUUUGUCUUUCUGUUGUGUAUCAAUGUUCGGCUUUUCUCCAAUCAAAAUUGGGCUAAAGAAGUCCAUAAGAACACCCUAGUUAAAAGAGUAUGUUGCUUCCAAUUGAUGUAUGGAUAAUGCUAUGGGGAACUGUGCAAAUAUGUCCAUUCAAUGUCAGCUAAUGUACGCUGGAAUUGUUCAAA